AUGAUCUAUCCGUAUUCUGUGCACCUUAGUGCUGUUGCAUCGCCUGGUUGGUAUACAACCUUCCUUCGCCAAGGUAACAUACCUGAUGAUGAGACCCACGAGUCCAAGACGCCGCAAUGGCAAUUUCCCCCUCCUUCGCUCUCCAUCGCCCUCUUUCGCGAGCAGGUGCGAUAUAUCCUAGCUUGGGUUCGUGGACCGCACAAUUGGCAUCCACUCAGCGGUCACUCCAUGUCGACGGUCGACGCCAACGCCAACGCCAACGCCAACACCGGCAAACCCGCGACCACCAUGGCACCAACAACACUACCUCACCCACACCCGCGCCCAGGAUCACUACACGCUAGCUCCGGACAGCACCGGAUUUGCAGCCGCGCCCGGGGCUCGCUCACUCACUCGCACGAGAUCAAAGGGCGAGAUCCGCUGUGGGCUAUUGCAACCACGGCUUAA